AGACAGGGAGGGAGACAAAAAAACUUUAACAAAAAAACAAGCCUUUAUUUGUGGCUGAGACACAGGUAGAGAAAACCAGGCGAGAGCAAAACUUUAAGCUGAACUAAACUUAAACUUAAACUGGGGAAUACUAGAACUGGCUAUGACUUACUAUGAACAUGAUGUGGUGCAGGAACAUGAAAGAAGCUAUGAAACACUUAUGAGAACCAGAAACAUGAACAUGUCCCGCACCACACCAUGAAAGACCCAAGGUGACAAGAGGGGUGAGCAAACAGACGACGUGACCAAGAACAAAUGGAAACACACAGACUAAAUACACAAGGGAUGAUCAUGGGAAGUGGAAACACAUGAGGAAACAGCUGACAUAAUUGCAAAUCAUGACACCACAGGGGAGGAGUAACAUUAAGCACAAUGAACAAAGAACCAAGACCUUCAAAGUAAAACAGGUAACAUGACGGACACAGACUUGACACUGAACUAAACUCUUAACCAAACUAACUCUGAAAUUUAGGAUUACAAUAUUCAAAACAGGACAACUAAAGAAUCAGAACAUAAACCAUAAUACAGAAAAAUACCAAAAUACAAGAAACUGAAAAUGCUGGGUCAAAAUGACCCAGAAUGUGACACAGUUUGCAGAGAAAUAUGGAAACAUUUUCAGCCUUCGACUCUUUGGUGGUAGGAUUGUGGUCGUUCAUGGCUACAAACUUGUGAAAGAAGCCCUGGUUCACCAAGGAGAAGACUUCAUGGAUCGCCCAACUAUACCUUUAUUUGAAUCAAUUAUAGGGAAUAAAGGUCUUGUGAUGUCAAAUGGUUAUCUCUGGAAGCAACAGAUGAGAUUUGCUCCUCACACAUUCAGAAACUUUGGUCUGGGGAAGAAGACCCUGGAGUCAUCCAUCCAGCAAGAGUGCCAGUAUCUCACAGAUGCUUUCGCAGAUCAGCAAGGCACAAAAAAAAUUACAAUAUAGUGGCAUGUUAUUUAUGUUUUUCAUGUUUUUAUAACAUUUAAAUAUAAUUUCUCCCUGCAUACCAUAUGACAUUAGAGGGUUCAGAGUACUAAAGACUUUUCUUUACCUGCGGCUCAUCACCUAAUUUUUAUUUUAACAAGGGGUUCUAAUCAGAGGCCAAACAGCAAACGGCACCCACUCUCCACUUUUCUCCACUUGUUGACAUGCAUUAUAUCCUGUUCAUUUGACUUUAGCUUUAUAGAUAUAGAACCAAUUCUUUCUUUAGAUUCACAAUUAUUUGCUAAAAUGUUCUGAAACAGUUACUGGGAAUAUUUCCCUGAUCCACCGAUGUUUAUUUCUAGGCCUCAUGAACUGUGUACAUUUUGCAAUGUUUGAACCACUUGCAAUUUUCAAAAAUAAGGUCCCAUUUGUUCCCAACUGAGCCCUGCCAAGCAGCUGGACCCCCUUAUUUAA